AGGAAUGUUUUACUUUUUGACAGUUAAGGAUAAGUUUCCAAAAAAGACCAUACAAAGAUUUUCGAAUAUAACUUACAUAUAACUUUAGCACAAUCGGCUGCCAAGAAAAGCGUCCAGUAUUUCAUGUGAGCGCUCAGUUGAAAGCGGGCUCAUUUACACUAUGCCUCUGUCUCACAUGAACACUCACAUGCACAGUUGGCCGUUGUUGGCUGUGACUGGGGUGCUGUGGGGAGAGUGGGGCACACUGUGACCAGGCAGAGGCCAGUGUUUCAGGCAGGCAGGCAGUGGAGAGAGUGUUGCACCGCACAGACGUGCCCAGGGUGGACAAACCAUGCUCACUGAGUGGGAGAAAGACUCUGCCCAGGAUACAAGAUGAAGUUGGAGAGGAAGACCUCCUCUAAAGGCGAAGGUUUUAUUGACAUUCUAUCAGUGGUGACGGUGUUUUGCCUCUACCUCAUGCUUCUCCUCUUCACAGGUGAGGUGUCGGGGGUGAAUGUGACCAGCCAGACUCAGGUGGUGAGGGGAACCGUGGGCAAAGAGGCCCUCCUGUCUGUCAGCUACUCCAGCAGUAGCACCGACAAACCCGUCAUCAAGUGGCAGCUAAAAAGGGACAAAGUGAAGCCUGUCACUGUGGUGCAGUCCAUAGGAACAGACAUCAUAGGGAACCUGAGGCCUGAGUACCGCAACCGCAUCCUGGUGUUUGAAAAUGGCUCACUCCUGCUUCACAGCCUGCAGCUGUCAGAUGAGGGAGCUUACGAGGUUGAAAUCUCCAUCACGGAUGACACUUUCACUGGAGAGCACUACAUCGAGCUGACUGUGGAUGUUCCUGUCUCCAAACCUUACAUUCAGAUGAUGGCCUCCUCGGUCCUAGAGUACAGCGAGCACUUCAACCUCCACUGCUCCCACGACAAUGGCACAAAGCCCAUCUACAAUUGGCUGAAAGGAGGCAAGGUGCUGACCAAUGACUCACGCCUGCUGCUUUCACAUGACCAAAAGGUGCUGACCAUCUUACGCGUUCUGAUGUCAGAUGAUGACGUCUACGCCUGCACAGUGGAGAACCCCAUUAGCAGCAUGAAGAGCAUACCCGUCAAGAUCACCGUCUACAGACGGAGCUCGCUAUACAUCAUCCUGUCCACAGGGGGCAUAUUCCUUCUCAUCACCCUGGUGACUGUGUGUGCCUGUUGGAAACCGUCCAAAAAGAAACAUCGACCUGUCCCUCAGAGAGCUCCGGUUUAUAUGGAGCAAAGUGAAAAUGGACAUGAUGUUGAUGUUGUACCCAAACCAACUACACUAGGCCGGAGGAGUCCGAUGCCUCUUUAUGUUCUCAAUGAAGAUGAGACUCUGGAGCGUCUGGAGGAAUGUUCUGGCAAUGCUGUUGGCCAGUCAGAAACUAUCAUCCCCAUUUCCUACGCUCCGGUCCUUCCCCCCGCCACCAACAGAACUGAGCGUCCCGUCUGGUCCGCCCCCCGCCGGUACCCCCGCAGUCCCUCUCCGCUGGCACAGCCCCUCCCGCAGCCCCUUCCAGCUCCUUCCCUACGCCCGGUCCACUCCCCUGCCCACUCCCCGGGGUCGUCUCCACGCAGUUUCAGCCCGGUGAGAAAGGGCCGUCCUCCGGUUGGCAUACCAACCAGCCACCUGCCCGUAGAACCAGAGUGCACAGAACCCAGUGAUCAGACUCACUGUUCAUCAUAGCACCGACAACUGUGUGGAUGGUAGCGUCCACCCUGUGAUUGGUUAUGCAUCUGUGUAGGUUCUUGGUCUUUUUCUCGGAGCUUGCCAUAAGAUAUAUGUAUUCAUUAGGGCAAGAAAUCGUCUAGUUUUUUUUUUGUUUGUUUGUUUUGGGCCGUCACAUCCUUUAUUUCUCUUAUAUGUUCCCAUGGCUAUGCACAGUUUAUACCUGAGGUGUUUUGUGUGAACUCACAAAAACAGUCCUGUUCACCAGCAUGUUGUAUGUUGUGUAUGAUGCUGAGACAGCAAGGAUUUUACAGCUCCGAUACAUAUUUUGUUCCCAUUGGUUUAUGAGAAGUUUUGAUAUACAGUUGUACAUAUGUAAGUUAAUAGUUUUGAAAUUUUGAGAGCUUUGUUUCGUCCAGUUUGUUUUUUCUCUCAAGCGAAUAAAACGUGCACAUUAUGUUCCUACUCCACUUUAGGUCACAGUUGAAAAGAAGGUAAUAAAAACCAUUGUAAUCAUUGGUUUUGCGUCAUAAUUUUUUUUCAGCUUGAGCUGAGUCUUGAUUAUGUGCAUUGCUUUCUUAGUCCAGUAGAUGUCCCCCAAUCACUUACUGCUUUAUCAGCCAAAGCAAACACACAAGAUGUGGAGUUUGUUUCAAAGAAGUUUGUUCUUCUUGCCCUUUGUUGGACUUUUAGUAUAUAUUCAUAUACUGUGUGCUGUCAUCUCUGACCUGAAGCUUUAAUUUGGAUAGCAAAAUAAAAUGAACAUGCAGAAAUAUAACACCAAAAACUUGUAAGA